AAUAAGAAAGUCAGUGAUUAAUAAAGGGAAAUAGGUUUUGCCGUCAGCAUUGGAUUUUACAGGGAUGUCCACGUAAUUCGAAAACUUGGUGGAAUACGGAGGACACUUCCCCUGCAAGACAUCAGCACUAAGUUCAGUUACAUCGUACUGAGUACUGAACAAGCGGGAGACCAGCCGCAAACACCUUAACUGUUCUCGUGAUAGGAUGCCUGACGUCUUAAAUCGAAAGGAGGGGGAAAUGACAGCUCAGUAUCACUACAGCAGUUCCAGUCAAAGUCUCAUAGACAUAGCAGAAGAAUAUGCUGCCUGUGCAAGACAAAUAAACGAAAAGAAGGCCAUUGCUAAAGCAGUUGGAAUUGUGAAGUUCAAAUCUAGCGACAUUGUACAUGGUCACCACAAGGUCCUAUGGAACAAAAACGGUCGAACGUUUGACACCAAGAACUGCGUCCACUUGGAACUGGAGACGAUGUUUUUGUCCGGCAGGCUGGGUAUUACAUCGUUUCUUCGCAGCUAAAUAUUUGGCAUCGAAUGAAAACACACACGCCAAUGAAUGAAACCAGACCAACGUACUUCAUACACCAUGUUGAUCGUCUUACCCACACAUCUGGAAGGACUGGUGUCCUGAUGCAAACCAUGAACUCAAUUGAAGGAAAUGAUGGUUAUUUUACAAGUUUCCUUUCAGCAGUUUUCGAGCUUAACAAAUAUGACAGACUCUCUGUAUCUGUAUCCCAUCCUGAAUUGCUCGACAUUGACAAUUACAAUGAUCAAUUCCUGGUUUAUUACACUUAUGAUCUGCCAAACUGAAAAAAAAAGAUUCAAUUACGUUUGAUUUUAACAUUACAUUGACCGACAGUGUCUCAUUGUUGUGUUUUAGGUGCAACUCAACGCUUCCAUAAUAAUAGCAUUAACAAUCAUAAAACCAAUAAUAAUAAAGCGAGUACUCACCAUUCCUG